AUGGAGGGCACGACCCAGCAGAGCUGUCGCGGGGUGUUAGGGCGCCACCAGGAGGCGCAGCGGCCUCUUGGUGGCGGAUCAGCAUUGGCGUCUGGCUGUCUGCCUGGCGUAGAGGCCACUAAAGAACGCGAUUGGGCUUCGACUCAUGGCAGCCCCGUCCCCCCUCUCUCCUCGUCUAAACCAUUUACCUCGGAUGCAACUCCGUUUUCGGUUCAAGUUGAAUCUUCUUGCUCUUCUGUCUGGACUCGCCUCGACUCCCCUCGCCGCCGCGCGUCGGCGGACGGGGUGCUGCUGACUUCUUUCUCCGGCUCUCGUGGAUCCUCUUCGCUGUCUUUCUCUCUCACUUCGCCCCCCAUGCAUUCUUGGGGGGAUCUCCAAGGGAAUGUCCACGACCCUCACCAGCACACGCUCCCGUGCAAGCCUCAAAUGUGGGCGCCGCCCGAGAAGGGACUGCCGCAGAACGGUGGCGCACGUGAAACGACCCCGCAGUGUGGUGAAGGACAAUAUUUGGGCGCAAGUCGCCGUGACCUGCACUACGCCGCCAGUUUUCUCGCAGACGCCGGCCGCCCAUCUUUGCACUCGCAAGGUCGCAUGCCUUCGGCGCCCCGGCAUGACCCUGUCUCAACUUUGGAGUCGCCUGAGGGGGUGGCAAGCGGCCCCCCAGCCCCAGGCCGAAGCAACGCCGAGGCUGCGCGGCUUUCUUGCCUGGCUGGUCUCGCCGAAGGAGACAUGAGACAACAAAGCGCGACUGAAGAGCGGAUGUGUACCGCAGAUUACGGCGCUAAGGUUCCAUUUGCCGCAGCGCCUACGGGGUCUGCGACCAGAAUAUUGCCAGCUCAUGACGAGGAGCGUCCCACGACGCCAGGCGCUGUGUCCGGGGUGGGAGCUGUUGGUCGCCUCGAAGGUCACGCAUCAAGCGAGCAAACAGUGGUGAAUAGAGCCACAUCUCGCGCGAGGUCCUCAGACGCUCUUGCGUCAUCAGGCCUCGCUGGAAACCUGGAGUAUGCUUCAGCCCUGCGGCAAGACGAAUCGGCGCGUCCUGCCCACGCGCGGACGACGGGUGGGAAUGCGGAGGACCCUAGACAACUUCUAGAUAGGGGCAUGGGUUAUCCGUCCUCCAGUAGCCUUCGAAAUGUCUCUGUGGAGUCGCCGAGCCCAGGCGACGUUCUGCGAGACGUGGAGACACCGGUAGGCUUGACGCUUCCGCGUCGCGAAGUGGAAGUGCACCCGAGCCGACAGCCAACCAGCACGGGGGAGGCAUCGGACGACACACUCGCGACUGCCUGCUUUCCACACUUUCCCGCGAAAGCCCUCGAAGCCGCAUCACCCGAGUCACGCGGAAGCGCAGACCCGCGGGACGUCCAGGCGACACAGCUCCGCGGGGAGGCAAGCGUGCGAGACACUCACGCAGCCUGCCUCGAGGGCGGCGCCUGCGCUGUCUGUUCAUCCGCCGCCGGCCGAGUCAUUCCCGCCCCUCGCUUUCUGUCGCGGGAAAUGGUGGUGCAUGCGGCGCCGCCCCCCAGCGGGGCCGAAGCGUCGCCGUCUGGCGGCGCCCUUCCUGGCGCGGCUGCUGGCGCCUUCGCGCACGCGCAUGGAGUUCCGGCGCUCUCCCAGGGAGCGCCGGACCCGGGGACGGUGAACCAGCUUGGAAGAGGCGAGGCUGAGGGUCGGAGCUUGGGCGACAGGGAGGGCGCGCCUAGGCAGGAAGGCGGCUGGGAGAGACACAGCGAGGGCGCGGCCGCGGAGGGACGGCUGCCUUGUCCGCGAGGCGCGCCUCGCGCGCCUGGAGACGCGCCAAACAGGGUUUUGCAGCGGGCUAGACAGGGAGGCGCAGCAUAUCCACAAGAUCAGAGUUUUUGCGGCUCCCGUCUGCACCAGCCCCUUCCAGUGACUGGCGCAGGUCAAGGCGUGCCACGCCAUGGAGGCGCCUGCAUGGCUGGGGCAUCCCAGGCUUCCGCCACACCGUUCGGUCACUCUCCCUCAUUUCCAGAAGCGUCUGCGUCGCGUGCAGCUGUUUUUCCCGGUGAUGUCCCGAUGGCGUUUGCCGGCGCGACCCCCGUGGUCGCUUCGUCGUCUAGGCCAGCGAGGCCUCUUGCGUUGGCUCUGCACGCGCCCUCACGGGGACUGUCGCCAUCGCCUUCUGCGACGGGCGCGUGCGACGCGAGCCAGACGCGGCACCCUGAAACCGCUCCUGCACAGCCAGGGCAGAUGCAGAUUCCGUCGCCAGUUCCAGGGCCGCACGCGUACGUGUCGCCUACGUCGGGCGUCGACAGGUCUUCCCUCGGCGAAAUGGGGUCCGCGUCUUCCUUUUCUUCUCAGCAGCAUCUUGCGUCGUCGCCGCAGGCCUCCUCGUCGCUGCCUCAUCCCGCUCCCGGUCAGCCUCCCGCAUGGCCUGUCGCGCUCGCUGCAGCCGCACCAUCGGCCGCUCCGGGCGGCCUACAGGCGCCUGGCGCAUUCGGCGUGGGAUCUCCGAGAGACGCGCGCGGCGGCUGCCCUAGUGGAGGCGACAGAGACUCCCGGAGCGAGGGGGCUGGAUCGACUGCGCCGGGCGCCCUUCCCGCUCCAGACGGUGGCGAGGGGAGCGCGCGGACUCCGCGGAAAGGGUCACAAGGCCCCGCUGCGCCCUCUCAGACGGGCUCCACGCCUUCUCGGGCAGGACUGCUGCAGCGGGCGGGACAGCAGCUCUCACCUAGCGGGCAGCCGAAUCGGUUUCUGUCUUCUGUUUCCGGGGUGGUCUACGACAAGGGCGGGGAGAAGUGGAUCGCGCGGUGGAGCGAGAACGGGAAGCCUUUCAAGAAGACGUUCGCCGUUGGCAAACACGGCUUUGAGGCCGCGCGGAUGAUGGCAGAGGAGUCGCGCCUCCAAGCUCUCUACGCGAAACAGCGAAACAGUGGCGCUGCAGGAGGACGACCCAACUCGGGAAAGAAUAACGCGCUUUUCGAUCCUGCGUCGCCUGCUCCAAAAGGAAAAGGCGGCGCGGGCCGCUCCGCGUCCAAAGGCGCUCGCGACAAGCAAGGCGCCACAGAGGGCGUCCUUGCACCGCCAGGUGAUGCGGCGCCUGACGGGUUGCCGCGCGGACCGCUCAAGCCAGGCGCCGACGCCGUCGCGGCGAGCCGCGCAGCAGGUCACCGCGUGGUGUCGUCAGCUGCUUCAGGUGGAGUAAGUGCCUCGCCAGAGGCUCAGCGGCGGAGGGAUGGUGGGUUCGUUGCCGGUCAGAACGCUCUGACAGUGCCGUCGAUUCCAGGCAGAGUUGCAGGGUCGGGCGGUGCUGUGCCGGGCUUCUCGCCGUAUCCGCAGCACCCGUUUUCGACCCACGACAGUCUGUUUUCGUCUGCGGCUUCCUCCCUCACUCCUGCCCGAGAUGUGGCGCCUCAUCAGGCGAUGCCAGACGCCCAGUUUUUUCCGGGGAAGUGCGCCGACUCGGCGCACCUCAUGGGAGCAGCUUCAUCGGUCCCCUCGUUUCGGGGGCAAGGACUUGUAAACGUGUCGCCGCACGGGCUGCCUCCUCCAAGCCUCUGUUCAGACGUCAAUCCCCAGGAUUCAUCGGCUUGCGGCGCUCCCCAGUGUCUAGAACACGACGGCGCAGGCGUGGCUGCAGCAGGCGGCGUGGCUGCAGCAGGCGGUGUGGCUGCAGCAGGCGGCGUGGCUGCAGCAGGCGGUGUGGCUGCAGCAGGCGGCGUGGCUGCAGCAGGCGGUGUGGCUGCAGCAGGCGGCGUGGCUGCAGCAGGCGGUGUGGCUGCAGCAGGCGGCGUGGCUGCAGCAGGCGGUGUGGCUGCAGCAGGCGGUGUGGCUGCAGCAGGCGGUGUGGCUGCAGCAGGCGGUGUGGCUGCAGCAGGCGGUGUGGCUGCAGCAGGCGGUGUGGCUGCAGCAGGCGGCGUGGCUGCAGCAGGCGGCGUGGCUGCAGCAGGCGGCGCGGCUGCAGCAGGCGGCGCGGCUGUUGACCACCCGGGCCUCCUGUCUCGAAGCGCCGGGAGGGACAAGGCGAAGCCCGAAGGCCCUGUGGCUGGUGUAUGCGCCAGUGCGCGCCGACGCAGAAAGCGCGACGAUGAGCAAGACGACAAGCUCCUGAGUCGCGACGUGAAACUAGGGAUGCCGAAGAAAACCCAACGAACCGACGAGGCUGUGUGUUCUCGCCAGGCCUCGCUCAGCUCAGAGGGAAUACCGGGUUACGCAGAGGGGGUCGCUGGCGACUGCGCUCUGCUGGCGGGCGUCCACCCUUGCCACACCUCAGGCUACACACCUUCGCACUCUCCCUCCUCGUCGCUUUCGUCUCUGGUCGAACGAGCGAAUGGGGAAGUCGGCCUCAAGUCUUCCCCUUUCGCCGUCGAGGACGGCAAAGGCGAGGGAGGGGCUCGGGAGGCUGUUGCGCGGCCGGAGACAGGACAAGUUAGAGAGGCGGAGGACGAAGGAGGCGUCCGCGAAGGCGCAGACAGUGGCGCCGCUGGCGCGCUGGCCGCCCCAGUUCUUUCCGCGCCGAGGAAGCGACAGCAGAAGCAGCUGGCGCGGCAGCUUCAGCGCCAGGAGCAGCUCUUUCGGCAGCAGGAAGCUCUUCUCCAGAACCAGGCGGAACUCUUUACGCGCUUGCUCCAUCGUCGAUCUCUCCAGCCCAGCAAGGACCAAAUCCGGCGCACUGCCAGGGACGUGUCGUCGCUGCGGCGUCUGCCUCAGCUGUGUCUGUCCUCCGGCAUCAAGGAGUGUCUGGUUGCGUCGGCUUCGCGGGCCUCAGCCUCGUUGGUGAAGAAGGAGACGGCCGCUGGUGGGGUGAGCGGCAGCCGCACUCCUGGCCAUGCGAGCGAGCGACGGGGUUUUGAAGGAGACGCGAGAUGCAACACGCUCAAACACGAGGUGAAACAAGAGACCGCGCAGGGCGAGGGCGCUGCUCAGGGUGAAGGCGCCGCCGAGACCACCGCCUACCUUGAGGAGAGUGCUUCUCGCGAAGGAAGCGGAGAGAUCCCUGCGAGUUCCCCUGGAAGCCUACGCACACGAAACGGGCCGUGCUGGUGGCUCAUCCCGCCGCAGGAAGAACUGAAGGCCGCCGAGGCCCUUCGGGCUCUCAGAGUCCAGCGCCGCGCGGCCUCGCGCGAAGGCAAGUUGCUUCAGGCCGUUCUUGCGGAUGGCGACGCGCUGGGACUUGGUGGCGACGCUUCGCGGGCCGCGCAGGCGGAAGGUGACGAGGACGAUGAGCAGGAGGCCAUCGACCGCGACGCCCACGACGCUGGAGAGGAGGCACAAGACGAUUUGGGGGGCAUGGAAGGCCUUGAGGGCGGCGCGGGCGGUGCUGGCGCUGAGGAGGACGGGAGAGGCGACGACGACGGAGUGCAGGGCCGCUCGGACCUACGGGAGGAAGCCGACGGCGCGACUCCGCUUCGACUGCGUUCAGCGGCCAGCAAGUUGUCUUGCAUGCGAGACGACAGAGCGGAGGAGUCGGCGUCGCACAGACUGAUCAAGAGCGUCCGCUUUGCUCAGACUGGCGAGCCUGAGGGCAGCGUCUCGGGUGUGGAGGAGAAGACGGCGUCUGGCGAGGAAGAUGGAAACGGGGCUGUGGAGACGGAUGAACGAGGAUCCACGGAGUUCUCCUCGGCACCGUGCCUGCUUGUGCCGUCGCAGUCUUGCCCGUCUCCACUGUUUCCAUGCACCGUGCCUCAGUUGGCUGAUCAGUGCCUGGCGACGCUCUUUGCCUUGGGCGCGGUGAGGCCGCACUGGCGGAGACAAGACCGGAGAAGAGCUUUUGGCUGGCACGUCGCGCGUGUCAAACCUGACCUGGUCCUCCCGAGUUUCCAGUCCUGCCGAUUUGUGAGACAGGCAGCGGCUCUGUCGGCCGCGCGGAACGGUAAGACGCAACGCGCGGCGAGUGCCUCGGAGCCACGCCUGGUCUACGGAGACGGGGAGGGAGGGAGCGCGAGCCCUGACGUCCUCAAGACGUAUGUCGACGCCUUUCGUCCGCUCUUCUCUUCGCCCUCGUCCCCUCCGAUGGAGUUCCUGCACCUCUCCGCGACAGACGUGGAAGUGGCGAUCUGGCAGCUCGAGGCAUCCGGAAGGUCCGCCACGGUUGACAGCGUCUACCUGACUCUCGACGGGCUGUACGAGGCCCGCACUGGGCGGAAGCUGCGCCUCGCUCCGCUCGCGCCUUCUACACAACUCUGCGUCGGCUUGGCAUCCGUCUCUGAACCCCCCGCGCCACGCACCGGCGCGCCUGCUGCGCCGACAGUCCCUGCGCUGCCGCCACCGGCCUUGCCCUUCCUCGCGUCGACCGCGGGCUCGUCGUUCGUCCGUCCGGAGCACGCCGCUUUCGCCUCCGCGGCGUGUGCGGACUCCGCAGCGUCGCCCGCGAGACAGGGAGGCCGCGAGCAAGAAAAGGGCACUUCAGAGACUCAGGGAGACCCGAAAGCUGCUGCGGGCGCCUCGGACGGAGCAGCGCCGGAUGCGCUCGCCAUGCAGGCGCCGUGUGGAGCCGGCGGAAUGGGAGCAGAGAGAAAAGGAAACUGGGUGCCGCUGGCGUACAACCCCGAAGCGAAAGUGCUGCGGCAGUUGAACUACCUUACCGCAGGCGUUCGGGUCUAUAUUCAGGUGGGGGUCGUAGAGGAGGCGCUUCGUGCCGAGCAGCGGCGCACUCCGGGGUCUCGGGAGAACGGCAAAAGUCCGUUCGGCGUCCCCGGGAGUGCGGACGCAGACGACGAGCUUGGCGCGACUUCAGUGAACAGCGGCGCCACCCACGGGGCCAUCAACGUCUCCUCUCUGUUCCUCACGGUCGCGUGCCCCAGUAUCUCGUCAGCAACUCCCGCCGCGAGGCCGCAGUUCGUCGUAGCCGAGAUGGUCGAACGGCGUCUGCAGCUGCCCUUCGGCGACCAGUUCCUCUUUCGGCCGCUUCCGCUCGUCUCUGCUGCCCUGCUGGCGUCCGCGCCCGCGACUGUCAUGGGCUUCAGUCCUGCGUGGAUCUGCGACCUCCUGCGGAGCGGCGCCAUGUGUCUGGUGCGCUUCACAGAGAAGGAGGGAGGGAAGCGGUCGAGAGGUGGAGGCGCCCAGAGCGUCCACGCCACUUCGUCCUUCUUCUACAGCCCGCCCCCCAUCGACCUUACCUCGCUGUCGCCUUCUUCGGCUGCUCAGGAGCCAUCUGCAGCGAGUCUGCCGUCGGUGUCUGUGUCGCAACAGCGGGGCUAUGAUGGAGUUGACGCGUGCGUUUCGCCGUCUGGCGCGCCGCCCACCUCCGCUGCGUUUUCGUCCACGUGGAGCGCGAAAGGACUGGCUAGAGCCUCGCUGCAGGGGGCUGCGGCCUCCUCCGACACGCCCCGCUCCCGGCUCUCGUCCCUGCCAGCCUCCGCGUUGUCUCUGUUGUCUUGCUCUGCGUCGAUGCCCGCGUCGCCUCCGCCCAGGUCGGGCGCGGCGGCCGAAGGCAGUUCGCUGCCUUCUGGGCGGGCGCCGAAGCCUGUAUGCUGCCCCGCAGCGCCUGGCUUCGAGACUGUGCGGCGAUGUAAGUGCAGUCACCGGCGUCAGGAGCUGCAGACGGAGAUCAAGCAGAAACUGAAGCAGGAGAGGAAGAAGUGCAUGGCUGUGAUUCGAGACUACCCAGACCUCGUCCUCCUGGUCGGCGCGCGGCCGCCGGCUCCUCGUGAGAAGGAACGGGUCACCAAGAAGAACCCAGGCUUGCAGGAGUGCCGAAAAAACGGGGUUCCAGGCGGCGCCGCAGGAGGCAUGCACACGCCCAGAAACGCGUCGCCGCAGGGCGCGGCGCGCGGACAAAACAACGCAAUACCAAGAUCCAGCAAGGCAUCCGACAACAGCCCCGCGCCGUCGGCCGUCGCCUCGCCCUCAAGCGUGGGCGGCAUCUCGGCUGCGUGUGGGCUGGCAUGCGCGCGAACGUCCCAGUUGGAGAUCUUGGCAUACCUGGUGGGCGUCGACCCCUGGAAGUACGCGAAAAACCGGCAGGACGCACCCAAGCCGGAAGAAAUUCCCGGCAUCUUGGCGAGGUACAAAGCCGCUGUGCGCGCGCCUGAGUACGCACAGAUGCUGCACCAAUGGAAGGUGGAGAACGGGCGCGAGCGCUCUGCGGAGAGCGACGUCACGGGGAGUGUGGCGAGCCCGUCGUCCCCCUCGCUGAAUGCGCAUCCGUCCCGCAGAAAACAGGGCCGCGACAGCAAGGGAACCCCGCCGGUUACCACCGCAGGCUUCGCCGGCGCCCGAGGAGCAGCGCCCGGUGCCGCACCGCUCGACAAUGCAUCCGCGGUUACGCCGGCGGAGUUGGCGUCGGAUCUCGCACGCGGCGCAGGAGACAUGGAGAGAGAACGAGACGUCGAGGCGAGGUCGCGUCUCUCCGCCGCGCCCUCAGAGCUCGAUGGCAGCCUUCCGCGAGGCGCGCCGGGCGCCGCGCCUGGGUUCGCGUCGUCGUCCCUCGCUGUGCCGUCCUCCUCCGCCGCAGCGCUUUCCGGAUGGAGUCUCAGCCCCGGCAGCCCGAGUCGGUGUCCCAGCACCUUCUCGCCUCCGUGGCAGUUGCCCCUGGUCUUCCCUGGCGCGGCGUCGACGGCGCUUUCGCCGCAGGCGCAGGAAGAGCUCCUUCGUGUUCAGACGGCCAUGUCGCAGAUGGGAGUCGGAACGGCGAUCUGCGUGCGCGUGAAGGCCCUUCUCGGCCUCCCCGCGGGAACUGAGCAGCAUGUGCGAGGCGUCGUCACGCAAAACGCCCUCUGCUUCCCCUGGCAGCGCGCAGCGCAGACGCAGGCGAAGGCACCUGGGGCAAGCGCGAGCUUGGAGGCCGCUGGGGUGUCGGUCGGGGCGGCCGCGCGGCUGGGCUCUGGGCUCCACAGCGGCGGCGGUCCUGAAGGGCUCGGCGCAGGAACGAGCCUGCCAGGGAGCAGCCUCACCGAGCAGAAGGAGGCGGGGCGAGGCGGGAAGAAGAGCACAGCCGCAGACUCCGCCGCGAGCGUGGUGGUGAACGACAGGACGGAGAAAGACGACAGCGCGUCGCCGCUCGGCAGUCUCGCCGGCAAGCGGAACAGUGACGCGGAAAAGACCGAGGGAACCGGCUUCCUCACCCUCUCGCUGAACAACAGAAGGGAAGAAUUCAUCCUCAGCUUCCGCGAAGUCCAGUGCCUCUUCGCGCAAGACGAUCUGCGACUUGUGCGAACGCGCGCGCGCCAGUGGGUCAGCUCCUUCGCUCAGUCGCAGUCGGGCGGAGACAGAAAAGGCCCUGGAGACCGCGAAGACGGAGAGCGGGAAACAUCUUCCGGGAGCGGCCGAGCUCGAAAGUAUGCGGUCGUCCUCGACGACGAUUUCUUCUGA